AUGGCUGCCGGCCUUGCGGCCUUCGCCAACGGACAGGCAACCCAGCCGGUCUCUUCCAUUCCCUCGGGAGCCCCCGUGGUUGAUCUGGGAUAUGUUUCCUACUUGGGUUCCACCAACGAUACAUCCGGCAUCACAUACUAUAGGGGUAUCCACUAUGCCCAGCCGCCGGUGGGAGCCCUGAGAUGGCAGAAACCGCGGCCUAUCGAACAGGCCAACGAUUUCGAGGGCGCGACCCUGAAUGCCACACAGGCAGCGCCAUCCUGCUACCAGAGCGCGCCGGAGAGCUUGUUGCUUGGCGGGCUGGGCUCCCUGCUUACAGAAUCGCUGGGGGUACCUCAGUCGGAAGACUGCCUGGUGCUCGAUGUGCUGGUCCCCAGUCGUCCGCAGUCCGACUCGUUGCCGGUCAUUGUGAUGAUCCACGGCGGGGGGUAUACGCUCGGCGGAGCGCAGAGUUCACCCGGAGAUGCCAUGGUGCAUGCCUCGAACGGCAGUGUCAUCUACGUGAGUAUCCAGUACCGCCUGGGUAUCCACGGUUUUCUCGGAGGGAGCCAGAUCGCCAAUGACGGCGUGCGCAACGCGGGACUGCUGGACCAGCGUGCUGCUUUGGAGUGGGUGUCGAGGAACAUCCAUGCAUUCGGCGGCGACUCUUCGAGAGUGACGAUCUGGGGCCCGUCUGCCGGUGGAGGUUCCGUCACACACCAGCUCACCGCAGGCGGCGCGUACGACGAGCCGCCCUUCUCGGCCGCCAUCGCCGAGCAUCCUUGGUGGCAGCCACUGCUCAACAGCUCCCAGCAAGAGAUCCAGUUCUCCCAGGCGCUCCGCUUGGCCAACUGCUCUUCCGUACACUGUCUGCGUGAGCUGUCGUCAGAGGCCCUAGGCACCGUCGGGCAGGCCGUCCAGAACGCAUCGUGGCCCGGCGCUACAGGCUACGGCUCGUCCUAUUACGGCCCAGUAGUCGACGGGGCGUUCAUACGCGAGCUGCCCGACCAGGCUUUCAAGGCGGGCCGCUUCUACGACGUGCCGCUGCUCGUCGAGCAUAGCGCCUACGAAGGCCUCCUCUUCAGCAACACGUCGGAGACGACCCAGGCCGAGCAGGUCAUGGACGCCAUGGACCUCUUCCCAUAUGCCGGGCCGGCAUUCUUCUCGCGGCUCUACCAGCUCUACCCGGCCUCGGACUUCAACUCGUCCGUCUUCCAGCGCCAGGCCUGGUUCGGGGAUUUCAUCAUCAGCUGCCCGACCUACUACAUGGCGUCCCGCGCCGUGGACGUGAGCCGCAACGCGUCUGCCGUCUUCAAGUUGAUCUUCGCCGCGGGCACCGAGAUCCACGGCGCGACGGGGCCCUUCCUGCAGAACGCAGACAUUGAGUGGGCAGGGGCGAACAACCGGACUCUGGCGGAGAUCAUGACGGCGUACUGGAUCAGUUUUGCGGUUACUCAUGACCCGAAUCCAUUGAGGGACGCUCGUGCGCCGUACUGGCCGAGUUAUGUCAGUGGUGGCAGUGGCACUGUAGCUGAGGGCGAGAGCGUUGGCUUCUCAACCUUGGCUGUGACGUAUGCUAGCAUUGGUCCUCAGCAAGACCCUGACAUGGGGGCAAAGUGUGAUUUUUUUGGAAGCAAUGGGCUAGUUGUCAGGAAUUAG